AUGGGAAACGUUUGUUGUACACAAUCAGAAAUAGCAAAAGAUGCUUUUGUUACAAAUACAUUAUAACCUAAUGAGGAGUAGAAUAUCCAUAAUAUUGCAUCUGGUGAUGAGCAAGAUAUAAUAAUAAACUCAAGAAACGAUGCAAUUAACUUUUACCUAAGUUCGUUUGUACAAAAUGAUGAUUAAAAUAUGAAUUAAUAGAAUGUAAUUUAAGUUGAUAGCAGUACAACUGAGGAGGGAGAAGUGAAAAUUAGCACAAUCUAAAUUAAAUAAACACUAUUUCUUAAUAAUAUAAAAAUGGAUUUAGAUUCUAUUAAAGCUCAUUAUUUGAUUUCAAAUUAGAAAUAUGAGGAUCAUAAUUUUUUACCAAAUAUAAAUUCUAUUACUGCUAAUCCAGAUUAAUUUCCUAUCUCAAAGAAGGUAAAUUGGAAAAGAAUAGAAUAAAUUAUUUCUUAAGCAGAAGUUAAAGUAUUUUAAGGAAAAAUAGAACCAGAUGAUAUCUACUAGGGACAACUUGGUGAUUGUUAUUUUUUAAGUGCUCUGAGCUCCUUAGCAGAAGAGCCUGAUUUGAUUAGUAGACUUUUUGAAAUUGUUGAGUAUAAUCCUCGUGGCUAUUAUAUAGUUUGGUUGAAUCAUGAUGGCUUCUGGAAAUAGGUUGUUAUUGAUGAUUAUUUUCCAUGUUUAAAUAAUUUACCAGCAUUUUCUAAAUCCCAUGAUAAUGAAAUUUGGGUUAUGAUUUUAGAAAAAGCAUAUGCUAAUUUAUUCAAAUCUUAUCACAACAUUUCAGCAGGCUUACCUGAGUUGGCAGUGAGUGAUUUAACUGGGUCUCCAUUUGAAUGGAUUUUCACAAAAAAUGUAGAGGAAACAUGGAAUUUUAUUUUUUCAAAAGUAGAAGAUGAAAAGGUGAAUACAAAAGUUAAAUAUAUACUUAAUGCAGGUUCUAAUUCUGACCCUAAGGGUGGUAUAGAAGUGAAGGAUAAUACAGGAAUUAUAUCUGGACAUGCAUAUGCUGUUUUAGAUGCUAAAGUUGUUAUGUCGAGAGAUGGGUAAGAAAGAAUUUUGUAACUAAGAAACCCUUGGGGAAAGGGUGAAUGGUAAGGAGCUUGGAGUGAUAAGUCAGAUAAAUGGACUCCUGAAUUGAAAAAAGAAUGUAAUUUAAGCAAUAAAAACGAUGGAUUAUUUUGGAUGUCUAUUGAAGAUUUUUGUUUAAAAUAUUCAAGUAUCUCUUGUAAUUAUGUCUAUGUUCAUAACCUGUACAAUGCUAUAAAAAUAGAUUUUAUGAAUCAAAGAAAUUAUGCUGUGAUAAAUUUUAAAUCAGUAAGAAACUCAAAUAAUGGAUAUAUUCAGUAUCACUAAAAGGACUAAAAGAACUUUAAAAAUAUUGAUGAUAAUUACGAUUACUCAUAAGUUAGAAUGAUUAUAUUUAGAGGAACUCCAAAUAACAUUAUUUCAUAUGUAGGAUAGGUCACUUCAUAUGCAAGAAAUGGUUUUAUUAAAGUUAAUCUCUAAAAUAAGGGGGAAUACUUUGCAAUAGUGUAAGUAAAUUGGGAGUAAUCUUUAACAAGAGAGUUGGCUAUUUCAAGUUAUACUGAAAAAGAGAUUUAUUUUGAUGACAAAAAUAUAUAAUAUACAGAUGAACUUAGCUUUAUUGAUGAUUGUCUUGCAAAAAUUCCACCAAAAAAAAGCGGAGAAGAGUAUGUCUAUAAAAAUGAUAGCUAAAUAUUUAGAUACACAAACUCUUCAUUCGGCUACUUUUAUUACGUUUAUGUAAACUAAAGCACUACAACUACUUUUCAAGAACACUUAACAAUGUCAAAAUUAGAACACUUAGAAAUAUGUCCUCCUUAUAAAGACUCUUAUUCUUUCGAAGUUGAGUUAAAACCCCAAACACAAAAAGUUGUUAAAUAUAAAAUCUUGCCUGAAGGAGAAGGAAAUUACCAAUAUCAUUUCAAAUUCACAAAUAGAUUUAUACUCUCAAAAGAGGACUUGAUAGAGAGAAUAAUUGAAAGCCAAAGUAACAAAAAGGCUCGAAAAAUAAAAGGAGUUGAAACUUAGGUUUAUUUUUAUAGCAUGUUCCAUGGUGAUGGUUUAGCUUUUUAUUAUUAAAACGACACUCAGCAUACCUACUAUGAGCAAUUAAAGUUAGCCUUAACAAACUUGAAAUCAGAAGAUAAUUUAGAUUUUACUCAAAUUGUAAAUAUCAAAAUUCCACCAAAAUCAGGCAAAUUACUAAAAUUUAAAGAAAUUAACGAGGAAUAUAAGGCAUCAUAUAAAAUUUCAUAUGCUGCAUACUUUAAAGAUUGA